UGGCCGUGUCACAUUUUCCUCAAUGCCUUCUAUCCUCCAACUAAGUUGUUCUCUAGGUUUCGAGUAGCAAGGCGCUGGGCGUGGCCAUGGCGCUCACGGCGGGGACGAGCGCGGCGUGCUGCUCGGCGAUGCCAUCGUGCCUCCGCGAGGAUUCGCAAUGGUUUGGGGAGGAGCGCAUGGCGUGGCCGAGAUUUUUCAGAGGCAGCACAGGGAUUAGGGGAAGGAGCACGAGCAGCACCGCUAGUAGCAGCAGAUUUUGCGUGGUUUCGAGGAUGGGAGGCGGUAGAAGGGGAGGAAGGAGUGGCGGUGGGAGAAGAGGUGGUCGAGGACGAAGGGGCAAUAGGGGCGCGGAGACUGUGAGUGAGGAUGAUGGCCCAACGAUGAAUGAGCGCAUCAGAGCUCCAAUUCUUCGUCUUAUUGGAGAGGACUCACAGCAGAUUGGGAUUGUUCCAAGGGAGGAUGCGUUUCAAAGGGCUGAACGAUUAGAGCUUGAUCUCGUUCUUAUUUCAGCUGACUCCGAUCCACCGGUGGCCAAGUUGAUGGAUUACAGCAAAUACAAGUACGAGCAGCAAAAGAAGAAAAGGGACCAGCAGAAAAAAGCAGCUGCUAGCAGAGUGGAGAUCAAAGAAUUGAAAAUGAGAUAUAACAUCGAUACUCACGACUACGAAGUUCGACUGAAGCAAGCGAAGAAUUUCCUAAAAGAUGGCGACAAGGUGAAAGUGUUCAUGCCUUUCAGAGGCCGAGAAGCCCAAUUCAAGGAUUUGGGCGUGAAGCUCCUAAGAAAAUUCGAGGAAGACAUUGGAGAGAUGGGAUCCCUGGAAAACAAACUAGCUGACGAAGGGAGAACAAUGUACAUGACAUUAGCACCCAACAAGAUCCAGGCCUCCAAGUCGGAGAAAUCCAAGCCGAGGCAAUCCAAGGACGAGGAGGACGAAGAAAUCGUGUCCGAGAGCGAUGAGAUUGCUGAGAGUGAAGAAGAAGAAGACGAAGAAAACGAUGGCGAUGAUUCGGCCGAAGAAGAAAUCCGCGAAGAACAGGCAACAGCGGCCACAGUCUCUUAAAGAGCUUUUUUUUUUGGUUCCUUGUUGUACAGGGCGAUUAGUUUGUUUGAAAAGAGUAUAUUCCUUUGGCA